AUGUAUUUAAUCUAUCAAUUAACAUUAUUUAUUAUUUUAAUUAAACAAUUCUCUUGUCAACAAAGUUCUGUACAAAUACAAAAAAUUGAAGCUGAUCCACCAAAUCCAAAUGUUGGUGAAGGUUUAAAAAUUCGUUGUUUUUUAAUUAAUGUUGAUCCAUUUGCACAAUAUCCGACACAAUUAUUAUGGAGUAUAAGACGAUUUAGUCAAGAUCGUGAUUUUCGUAUAUUAGCAUUUGGUGGUUCAGUUCGUGAUACUUUAAGUGGUCGUGUAAGUGCACGAAAAGAAUCUGAAGAAGUUUAUGAAAUUGUUUUUCGUCCUGUACAAGAAUCUGAUUCAGGUGUUGUUCGUUGUGAAUUAGCAAAUACAGAAGCACAAGUACGUCUUGAACAUACAAUUAAUGUUCUUGUACCACCAUCAAUAUCAUAUAUAACUGCUGAUGUUCAAGUACGUGCUGGUGAUCCAGUUACACUUGAAUGUCGUGCACAAGGUAAUCCACCACCAUUAAUAAUGUGGAUACGACAAGGACAAGAAUAUCCAACAUCAUAUAGUGGUAUAUAUAGAAUUGAAAGUGUUAGUAAAGAUGAUCGUGGUUUAUAUAAAUGUGUUGCUGAACAACAAACAGGACAAAAAUUAACAGCUGAAAAUUAUGUUAAUAUAUUUGUUGAUUUUGAUCCAACUGUAAUAUGUGAUCAAAUUAUUGUUGAACAAGUACCAAAUAUAAAUGCUGAUGCUGAAAUAACAUGUUUAGGUGAAGCAUAUCCAAUGAAUGUAUUAAAAUGGGAAUUUUCACAAGGUAAUACAAAUGUUCGUCGUGCUAUAACAAGUGGAGCAAAAUAUCGUAUUGAUACAAAUGUUGCAUCUGAUUCAAUUGAUAGUCGUUAUGGUAGUCGAUUAAUUAUUAAAAAUGUUGAACCAAGUGAUUUUGGUAUAUAUACAUUAAUUGUUAUGGAUGAAAGUAAACGACAAGCUAGUGCUUGGACUGAAUUACGACCUAGUUCUUUUAUUCGACCAUUUAAUAAAGCAAUAUCAAUUUUCCAUUUUUGUUCGUAUUUUUUUAUAUUUUUAUGUUUGACUGUAGAUAUUUUUUUACAAUGA